AUGGGUUCCAAAAUCUUUCUUCUACUUGGUCUGUCAAUUGCUUUUGCUCUUCUCAUCAGCUCAGAAGUUGCAGCUAGAGAUUUAUCCGAAACUACUACUGAGGGAGCUAGUCUAGACGGUGGCUACCACGGAGGCGGUGGCGGCGGCCACUACCACGGAGGCGGUGGCCACGGAGGAAGCCAUCACGGAGGCGGUGGCCACGGAGGGUGCCACCACUACUGCCAUGGUAGUUGUUGCUCUGCAGCUGAGGCAAAAGCACUUGAGGCCGCUCAAGUGAAGCCUCAGAACUAG